CUAGCGAGCUAGCUCCAGUAGCACUGGUAGCAACUUGAAUAGAGCCUACAAGCCUUGUCAAAAUUAGCUGCGGUCUAAACUGUUCGGGCAUUUUUAUGCCAACAGGGUGUUUAAAAGGCUGUGCACUCGUUUUCUAAAAGGGAUAGCUUUUGGAAUUCAAAAUUGGGGUGUCCACCUCUUUUGGGUAUACCCUGCUAUAGCGCUGGCUCCCACCUGUGACUCUUUGGUCACUAGAGGGGCCCCUCCAGAGCAAGGGCCCAAACUGUAGCUCUAGGUCCCCUCUUCUCUCUGUGUGUGAGAGCUUGUGUCAGUUCUUCUGGAGACUCCCUGCUUGUUCACCCAAGAUGUCAUCCAUCUUGCCAUUCACCCCUCCAGUGGUGAAGAGGCUGUUGGGCUGGAAGAAGUCAACCAGCGGUCCAAGUGGAGCAGGCGGUGGAGAGCAGAAUGGACAAGAGGAGAAAUGGUGUGAGAAGGCUGUAAAGAGCUUAGUAAAGAAGCUAAAGAAGACAGGCCAGCUAGACGAGCUGGAGAAAGCUAUCACCACGCAGAACUGCAACACCAAAUGUGUCACCAUCCCCAGCAAUUGCUCUGAAAUAUGGGGACUGAGUACACCAAAUACGAUAGAACAGUGGGAUACAUCAGGCCUAUACAGCUACCCUGACCAAACCAGAUCAUUGGAUGGCCGCCUGCAGGUUUCCCACAGGAAGGGGCUUCCCCACGUUAUCUACUGCCGCUUGUGGCGAUGGCCAGACCUUCAUAGCCACCACGAACUGCGUGCCAUUGAGGCCUGUGAGUAUGCCUUCCACCUAAAGAAGGAUGAAGUCUGCAUCAACCCCUACCACUACCAGAGGGUGGAGACCCCAGUGCUGCCUCCUGUUCUUGUGCCAAGACACUCAGAUAUCCUGCCAGAGCUGCCACCUCUGGAUGACUACACUCAUUCCAUACCUGAGAACACAAACUUUCCUGCAGGAAUCGAACCUCCAAAUAACUAUAUACCAGAAACGCCUCCACCAGGCUACAUCAGUGAGGAUGGGGAGGCCAGCGAUCAACAGAUGAAUCAAAGUAUGGACACAGGUUCUCCAGCAGAACUCUCCCCUAGCACUCUGUCUCCUGUCAAUCACAGCAUGGACCUGCAGCCUGUGACUUAUUCGGAGCCAGCCUUCUGGUGUUCUAUAGCCUACUAUGAGCUGAACCAGCGUGUUGGGGAGACGUUCCACGCAUCUCAGCCCUCACUGACGGUGGACGGAUUCACAGAUCCAUCAAACUCUGAGCGUUUCUGCCUGGGUCUGCUGUCUAAUGUCAACAGGAACGCUACUGUCGAGAUGACCCGAAGGCACAUAGGAAGAGGAGUUAGACUCUACUACAUUGGAGGAGAAGUAUUUGCUGAGUGCCUGAGUGAUAGCGCCAUCUUUGUCCAGAGUCCAAACUGCAACCAGCGAUAUGGCUGGCAUCCAGCUACAGUGUGUAAAAUUCCUCCAGGAUGUAAUCUAAAAAUCUUCAACAACCAGGAAUUUGCGGCCCUGCUGGCUCAGUCAGUCAACCAGGGCUUUGAAGCCGUAUACCAGCUUACUAGGAUGUGCACCAUCCGCAUGAGCUUCGUCAAAGGCUGGGGGGCUGAAUACAGGCGGCAGACCGUCACAAGCACUCCUUGCUGGAUUGAGCUCCAUUUGAACGGACCCCUACAGUGGCUGGACAAGGUUCUGACCCAGAUGGGUUCCCCGUCUGCUCGCUGCUCCAGUAUGUCCUAAACAGUCAAGGAAACCCCCCCCCCC